AUGACCUGUGAUCAGUACGUAGACAUGAAAUUUGAAGAAUACUGUUCAACAAUGAAUUUUAAAAAGAAAAAGUUUCUGGGUGUAAUCAAGUUGUAUGCUUUAUAUAUGCCUUUUUCAAAUAUAUCACCUGCAUUAUUAUCUUCAUUACAAUCAUUUACAUCUAAUAUAAGAAAUAUUUGUGUAUUGGCACAUGUUGAUCAUGGUAAAACAACAUUGUCAGAUUGUUUAAUUUCAUCGAAUGGUAUCAUAUCACAACAUAUGGCAGGAAAGCUAAGAUAUCUUGAUUUUCUCGAGGAUGAACAGGAACGUGAGAUCACAAUGAAAGCAAGCUCAAUCUCAUUGCUCUAUCAGGAGGAACAAAAGAACUACUUGGUGAAUCUAAUCGAUUCGCCAGGUCACGUCGAUUUCUCGAGUGAAGUGUCUACCGCAGUGAGAAUUACAGACGGUGCAUUGGUGCUGGUCGAUGCCAUCGAGGGUGUCUGCAUCCAGACACACGCAGUGCUGCGACAGGCCUAUCAAGAACGUGUCAGACCGUGUUUGGUCAUCAACAAGAUCGAUCGUCUCAUCACAGAGGUCAAUAUGACACCGCUCGAAGCAUACCAACACAUUAAAAAAGUGAUCGAACAGGUCAACGCUAUCACAGGUACACUCAGCUCAGAGGAGAUCAUUCUCAAAGAGAUAUUCGAACAUGAACAACAAGGAAAAGAGACAACCGCUGAAGAUUCAGCAUCAUCUACUUCGUCAGACUCUCAAAACAACGAAACAACAAACAACAACGAUAUCGUAGAGGAAGCCGAUCUCGAAACCAUCGGUUCCGAAUAUCAUUUCUCGCCAGAGAAAGGAAAUGUUGCAUUCACAACUGCAUUAGAUGGAUGGGGAUUUACAAUUAAUCAAUUUGUUGAUCUUUGUCAUAAAAAAACUGGAAUUAAAAAGACAAUCUUAUCUAAAACAUUAUGGGGAGAUUAUUACUAUCAUCCAAAGGAUAAGAAAAUCUAUAAAUCACCAAGAGGUAAUCUUACACCAAUGUUUGUUACAUUCAUUUUGAAUUCUGUUUGGGAAUUACAUAAAUGUGUUACUCCAGAUUACAUUGAUAGAGAUAGAGUAGAUAAAAUUAUACAAGUUUUAAAUAUAAAAGUACAUCAUAGAGAUUUAGCAUCGAAAGAUCCAAAGGUUGUUUUGCAGGCAUUAUUACAGUCGUGGUUACCUCUGUCUGAUGCUGUGUUAUCGAUGGUUGUACAGUGCUUGCCUAAUCCAAUCGAUGGACAACAGAGAAGAAUGGAGCGUAUUUUCAAACCGGUAUCAUCACCUAAUGUACCGGUGGAGAUGAAAGAGAAACAACAACAGCUGCUGAGAGAUACCAAAGAUUGUAAGUCUGAUGAUACCUCAGAGGUUGUUGCCUACGUCGCCAAAGUGUUUGUAUCGGACGAGAAGCGUGGUGUCUCUACAAACACACAUCGUCCAGUGCCACCAAGACGUGUACAACCAUCGGCAGUUCCACUGGCACAACGUAUGGCACAAGCAUCUCUAAAUGAAAAUAGCGAACAAAAAUCAUCUGAACAGCAACCACCAACACCAACUCAACCAACUCAACCAACAACACAAAUUUCAAAACCAUUAGUACGCAGUCCAUUACAAUCAAUGAAUAGAAACGUUGGAAGUGAUGAUAGUGGUGAAUUUGUUGCUGUUGUCAGAGUUUUCAGUGGUACUUUAAAGAAAGGACAAAAAGUAUUUAUCAUGGGUCCAAGAUUCGAUCCUUUGAAUCCAACUCACGAUGUCAUUGAAAUUGAAAUCACUCAUUUGUAUCUGCUUAUGGGCAGAAGUUUGGAACCGAUCGAAGCUGUGCCCGCUGGUAAUGUAUGUGGUGUCGGUGGUGAAGUAGGUAACCUCGUUCUAAAGUCUGCUACAAUCUCUACCACUCUCCAAUGCCCUCCAUUGGUAAGCAUGAUGUUUGUCUCAUCACCAAUCGUUAAGGUUGCAAUCGAGCCAGAGAAUAUCUUGGAUAUGCCAAAGUUGGUUCACGGUUUGAAGAUGUUGAAUCAAGCCGAUCCACUGGUGGAAGUCUACGUACAAGAGAGUGGUGAACAUGUUAUUGUAGCAAGUGGUGAGCUGCAUCUUGAGCGUUGUAUCCGUGACCUAAAAGAGAUCUUUGCUAAAAUCAAUGUCAAUGUGUCUUCGCCAAUCGUGCCUUUCCGUGAGACAAUCAUUUUGGAUGCCAACAAGUCACCUGUCAUUACAUCGGCAAACAGCAGUGACAACCGUUCAGAGUUAAUCGUUCAACCAACUGCCAAUAGAAUGGUCAGAGUCAAAGUUAGAGCUAUUCCAUUGCCAAAGAACAUCAGUGAUUUCCUCGAGAACAAUACCAACACAAUGAGAGAUUUGUUCUUGGGUGGAAAGAAGAAGGACAAGGAAUUGGAAAGUGAAAAAGGAAGUAAGAAGGAAGCUGAAGAGGUAGACAGAGAGGAAUUCCAAAAGAAACUACUUGAGGAGUUCACCAAGGCCGGUGAAAGCUGGCCAGAGGAAAUUAAGAAGAUCUGGGCAUUCGGACCAAAACAUAUUGGUCCAAACUUGUUGCUCAAUCACAUUCCAGGCUAUUGCGAUAACGAUUUCUGGAUUCCUGCAAUACAGAGAGGUGUGCAGAGUUUGAAGAAGAUGAGACAUAGAAUGGACGAGGAAGCAGAAGACAAAAAGGAAACAAACGACCAAGAAGAUCAAGAAGAAAACGAAAAAGACAGUGAACCAGCGGAAGAGACCGAAUCCAACUCAGAGUCAGGUGUCACUAAGCUUUUGGAAGGAGAGGAAAAGUUCAAAAAGGUAUUCGAGUUGGAAAACAGUAUAGUAUCCGGUUUCCAAUUAGCUACAUUCACAGGUCCACUUUGUGAUGAGCCAAUGAUGGGUGUUUGUAUGGUGGUCGAGGAUAUCGAGUUUGUUGAAGGAAAAUAUACCGACCAAUACGGUCCAAUCUCUGGACAAAUUAUCUCUUCGAUGAAACAAGCCUGUGUACAAGCAUUCCAAGUGAAACCUCAACGUCUCAUGGAAGCAUUGUAUCUCUGUGAAAUUCAAGUAUCGUCUGCGGCCCUCGGUAAGAUGUAUUCAGUCCUGGCAUCAAGAAGAGCUCAGAUCAUCAAAGAAGGUAUGAAAGAAGGUACACCUAUUUUCUGUAUUCAAGCAAGACUCCCAGUUGUUGAGAGUUUCGGUUUCUCACAGCAAAUUAUGAUCAAAACAUCUGGAUCGGCCAGUACUCAGCUAUUUUUCGAUAACUAUUGGGAAACUAUGGAACAAGACCCUUUCUUCCAACUUUCAACCGAAGAGGAACUUGAGGAUCACGGUGUCAAUGUAGCAAGUUUAGGAAACAACAUCGCCAGGCAAUAUAUGGACAAGAUCAGAAAGAGAAAAGGUUUGGCAGUUGAAGAAAAAUUGGUUGUACACGCCGACAAACAAAGAACUCUAAAGAAAAAUAAAUAA